AUGUUAGCCAUCAGCCUGCCACCUGAACUGCAGAAUUUAAGAUUCACCAGCUCUCACAACCCUCCCCUGAGAGACACAGUCUUCAUGACCCCCAGAGUCUGUUUGCAAAUGGCUGCCAAUUCAUGGGAUGAGGGUGUUCUUGCUUCCCUAACACACAUAAUUUAUACCAUGCACUUUUCUACCAGUGGCUCCAGGAAAAGUCACCAUUUUUUUUGUGAAGUCAUAGCCCCUCUGAAACUCUCUUGUGAGGACUCUUCCACCUAUGAGAAAGUGGUCUUAGUGUCAGACAGUGUUUUCCUUCUUAUCCCUUUUGGAUUAAUUCUGACCUCCUACACCCUCAUCUUCCUUGCUGUCCUCUGUAUGAACUCCCCUGAGGGCAAGAAAAAAGCUCUGGCCUCCUGCUCCUCUCAUGUCAGUGUAGUGAGCCUCUACUUUGGUCCAGCCAUGAUUAGCUACAUGGCACCAGGUUCCUCUUUCCCCACAGAGGUGGACCAACAUCUCUUUGUGUUUGAUGUUCUCAUCACUCCCAUGCUGAACCCCCUAAUCUACAUCGUGAGGAACAAGGAGGUGGUGGGGGCUCUGAGGAAGGCGUUGGGAAGAACGCUGAUUGUUAAGCAGGAAACAAGAUGA